AUGCCAUUCACACAACCCCGAGUUGCCUUCGUCACAGGCUGCAGUGGCAUCAGCGGGAAUGCCAUCGUCGAAUAUCUCAUCAGACAACCAAAAUCAGAAUGGUCUCGUAUCGUUGUCACCUCCAGAAGCCCUCCUCGAAACUACUGGCAAGAUCCACGGGUCGAAUUCGUCGCCCUCGAUUUCCUAGAGCCCGUGGAGACGACUAUUCAAAAGAUGUUCUCUUACUGUCGAGACGUCACUCACGCAUUCUUCACCUCUUACGUCCAUACGGAUGAUUUCACAAGGCUGGCGGAGCUGAAUGUUCCGUUGUUUGAGAAUUUCUUGACAGCGAUCGAUACUGUGGCAGGAGGGAAUUUGCAACGAGUUUGCUUACAGACUGGGGGCAAGAACUACGGUGUUCAUUUGGGCCCGUUCCCAGCUCCUGCACGAGAGACAAUACCACGCUACGAAGACCACGGCUUGAACUUUUACUACACUCAAGAAGAUUUCAUGUUUGAGCUGCACAAGCAACGCAGUUGGUCAUACAACAUCAUUCGGCCUGGUGGUAUUAUCGGCUUUGCGCCUGCCAAGAAUGGGAUAUCCGAGUCUAUCACGCUCGCGCUCUACAUGCUAAUCAGCAAAGAACUGGGCGAAGUCCCACGCUUCCCGGGCAAUAAGCUCUUCUACAACUCUUGCGACGACAAAUCCACUGCCGAAAGUAUCGCUGAUAUGUCUGUAUGGGCUGUAACUCGAGAGCAUACGAAGAACGAGGCGUUCAAUCAUGCCAAUGGCGAUACUUUCGUUUGGAGAUACCUCUGGAGGAAUAUGGGAAAGUAUUGGGGUUUGGACAUACCAGAUCAGACUACAUUUCCUGAGAUCAACGACGAUGGCAAGAUGGCGAAUGAGUUUCGCAUGUCUGAGUGGGCGGCUGACAAGAAGCUGGUUUGGGAUCGUAUAUGCGAGAAGUAUGGAGGGUCAAAAGAUGCCUUUGGGAGCGGAACUUGGGGUUACUUCGACUGGGCCGUAGGCAAGACCUGGCCCACAACAAUGUCCAUCACGAAAGCGCGCAAGUUCGGAUGGAACAGAUAUGAUGAUACUGAGGAAAACUAUUACGAAACUUUCAGAACGUUCGCAAAUGCUGGUGUCUUACCCUCUCGGCGCGCAGUGCUGGGGACCAUCGGAGACGGUGGCUCUGCACCAGUCAAGGCGGAGGCUAACGAGCUUGAGCAUGGUGACUCGGUGAUCACAAAUGGAGCAAAUGAGAGUCAGAAGGUCGACACGUUGGAGAGGAUUGAUUCAAAAUGGACCAAGGAAGACCAUAUGUCCGUGACCUCGCACGAUUCGGCAAUAGAAGUCGUGUCUUAG